AUGGGGACCUGCCUGGAUAUUAAGAUUAAGAGAGCGAACAAGGUUUAUCACGCCGGGCCUCAGAAGGGGAAGCUGACCCCGAGCCCUGUGGACUUCACUAUCACUCCCGAAACCUUGCAGAACGUCCGAGAGAGAGCCCUGCUCCCCAAGUUUCUCAUCAGGGGCCAUCUCAGCUCAACCAGCUGUGUCAUCACGCAGCCGCUGACGGGCGAGCUGCUGGUCGAGAGCUCGGAGGCCGCCAUCAAGAGCAUAGAGCUGCAGCUGGUCCGCGUGGAGACGUGCGGGUGUGCCGAAGGAUAUGCCCGAGACGCCACGGAGAUUCAGAAUAUUCAGAUCGCCGACGGAGAUGUUUGCCGGAGCCUGUCUGUCCCCAUAUACAUGGUCUUCCCCCGGCUGUUCACCUGCCCUACGCUGGAGACCACCAACUUCAAAGUGGAAUUUGAGGUUAACAUCGUUGUGCUUCUCCACCCCGAUCACCUCAUCACCGAGAACUUUCCGCUGAAGCUGUGCAGGAUGUAGCCCAGGAGUGGGCAGUGUGGACGGCGGGAGCUGCGGGGCGGAAAUGCGGCUGGGGGGGGCCGACCCAUGGGAGCCGAAGCCCGCAGCUUGUGCUUCCUUUCUCGAUGAAUCUGUGUCAGAAACGGAGCUGACCCUCGACCACAGUCGCCGUCGAAGCUUCUGCUUCCAGUGCUCGCCUCUCGUCAGACCUCUUCUUUAAGACUCAACAGGACUCCGUUGUUUUUGGCCAGAUCGCUUGGCAGAAAGCAAAACUUCCUGGGACUCCUGACUUAACUGCCCCCUUGUAGAGGCAGUAAAACUACAAACAGCCGUUUGUGCUUGGCCGGACAGUGGGAUCCCCGAGGCCGAGGAAACCCUCCGCACCGAAGACUCCCCCGCAGCAAAGCAGCUUCGCGGGAUGGUCACGGGCAAGCUCCCGGCUUACGACGUUUGUGGAUUCUGCUCGCGCGGGGCUGCGGGGACGGGGUCUGCGGAUCAUCCGCGCGGGGCCGCAAGGCGGCAUCCCCUAGAACGGUGUAGCAUUUUUUCCCGACUCUGUUCUGUAGUCCUUUUG